CGUCACUGAGUGAAUAUGUCUAUGAUAUUUCGUAACAACUCGACAAUUCCCGGAAACGAGAUGACUCUUACUUUCAAAUUAUUUUGUUUAUUUAUUAUAUAAUAUUCAGAAAUUGAGGCUAAAAAUAUUUAUAACUUAAUUUAAAACAAUGCUCAAUCACAGUUAAAAGCAAUAAACUGUCAAUUGUAGAUAUGAACCUGAUUUUUGGAGACAUGCAUUAUUUCAACUUCCAACAAUUUGCGAACUCAUAUAAACUGAUAUAAUUCAAAAUACAAAUGAAUGGUUAGCUGACUUAUUCAAUAAUGAAUUUUGGCUGGUUCGCGAGUAUUCUUGUUCAUCAUCCAAUUAUAGUAUUAUCAGCUGUUGCUGUAUUUUCGGGAACAUGUAUUAUUAUACCACUGACAUUAAAAUCUGUUACUCUACCAAGUUUCAAAGAUCCUCAGCUGGGGUUUUCAACAAGAGGUACAAAAAUAUCAAAUCGUUUAACCACAUGGAAAAAUUUGUUGAAAUCUACAAGGCCUUCUGGGGAGUAUACUACAAAUCCAAAAGAAUAUUUAUAUAUCCAAAAUAAGAACAAAACUCAACAGCCACCCAAAACAAAAAAUUCAUCAAAAUUAAAACCUAAGAAACAUAGAAAACCAAAGAAACUCAAAGAGCCCGUAUUUGGCAGUGAAACUUUAUAUGAGGAUUCAAACUCAAGUAAUGCCAUAGCAGAAUUAAAUAGAUGGAAGGCUGUCCAAAAUUUAACUCCAAAACCACAUAAGAACUUUGAGAGCAAUGAUGAAAAUUUUUUUUGUGGCAAUCCAGAUGAACAGUAUGCACAUUUUGUAGUUUCUACUCACAAUAAACGAGACUUAUUCAAUAUAAAUGAUCUUCUGACAAUGUGUAAAUUGGAACAUGAACUUAUUGAUCUCAAUUAUUACGAAGACCUCUGCAUCCAAAACAACAAUCAGAAGUGCUGUAAACAUUGGUCUUUGCCAAAUUAUGUUGCAUUCCUCAACAAGAGAGCAUCAUGCUUAGCAAUUACGGCUGAAGAUGUAGAGAUGACUAAGAGACUUUUAAUGCAAUGUUCUCCGUAUUUCCAUUCUUUUGAAUUAAAUUCUCAGUGUUUAAUAGAUGCGCCUUAUUGCGAAGCUCCCAUUGAAUGUCUCCGGCAUGAUGCCGUUUUCAAUGUGCUCAAUUUUAUAACAAGUACUUCAUUUUUGGCUCCUAAUUCAAGUAUGGAUGUGAAAGUAAAAGAGACAAUGGUAUUUUUGCCGUUAGCAUGCAGUACUGCAAUCAUGCCAUACUAUCACGAACUUGAAAAGCUUACUUUGAAAUUUGAUGGAUUAAGGAUAGUUGCCAUGGAAUUUGGUAUAAAGAGCGCACUGUUCGAUGAAUUUUUACUUAGAGAUACGUAUCUUAUGGGAUCUGGAGCAUUGUUUGUAUUUAUAUGCAUUUGGAUCUACACACAGUCAUUGUUCCUUACAAUAAUGACAAUAAUAGUGAUCAUAUUUUCAUUAGCCAUAUCCUAUUUUAUGUAUAAUCUAGUGUUUGAGAUAAAGUUUUUUCCAUUCAUGAAUCUUUUGGCAACAAUUGUUGCCAUUGGUAUUGGGUCAGAUGAUGCUUUUAUUUUCUGCAAAAUAUGGCAGAUUCAGAAGCAAGAUUCUAGUUGUUCCUUAUUAAAAGUGAUGGCUGACACAUUUCAUCAUGCAUUUAUGUCAAUGUUUGUUACAGCUUUGACAACGUCAGUAGCAUUCUUAGGUUCCUACGUUAGUUCCGUAACAGCUGUUAGUUGUUUUAGUAUAUUUGCUGGUAUGGCAGUAAUAGCAAAUUAUUGUUUGAUGAUGACAUGGUUUCCUGCUUGUCUUGUAAUAUGGGAACGUUCAUGUUUAUCAAAUGAAGCAUUAUUUAAAAGCUGCUUUGUGAUGUUUUACCAAAGAUGGUGUUGUAUUAAAUUACAACUGAAUUUAUCAGCUGGAUGGUGUCAGUAUUUAUCAAUCAGUAGAUUUUUCAAAACAAGAGAAAACUGGAUAUUAGAUUACAUAAUCAAAUUUAAAUAUUUUUGGUUUUUGUCACUGGUAACAUUGGCACUUAUAAGUGGAUUCAUUGUGUUUGUUUAUCCAAAAAUUCAGCUUCCGGAUACUAAUGAAUUCCAGCUUUUCGUCGAUUCUCAUCCGUUUGAACAAUACGAUUUCAAGUAUAAGAAUCACUUUUGGUUCACUCGUCCAGAAAAGAAUGAUCAAGUCACCUACAAAUUACCAUUGAGAUUUGUAUGGGGUGUUCUUCCAAUUGACAAUGGUGAUUAUUUGGAUCCCUCCAACUUAGGAACUCUUACUCCUGAUCCAUCUUUUGAUAUGUCAGAUCCAGAAUCCCAGGAAUGGUUAUUGAAUUUUUGUCAAUCAGUGCGCGAGCAGCCUUUCUAUCAGUCUAUGAUAGGUCCACUGUUGCCAAACUGUUUUGUAGAAACAUUUAUGAAGUCAAUGGAUAGAAAAUGUUACGAUCCCUUCCUGGAUCAAGAUAGGUCGCCAUGUUGUGAAACGGCGAAAUUUCCUUUUAAUAGAACAGUAUUUAACAAAUGCAUCAUCAAUGAAAUAGCAGAUAUUUAUAAUACUCCCUCAAAUCUUCUGAAUCCCGGUAUGGCUGGUCCUAAAUUUUCUAAAGACCAAAAUCCGACAAUAAAAAUUGUAAUAAUAGAAUAUGACAGUAGUUAUAGUUAUUCAAUGUCAUACGAACAAAUGGAUAGUUUCUUUAAAAACGUUGAAGAAUGGAUGACAAAACAGUUGGAAUCUGCACCAAUUCCUAUGAAAAAUGGGUGGUUUAUUAGUGAGUUGGCAUUUUAUGAUUUACAGAGGGAAUUGAAUGCCAGCACCCAAAUUUCCAUUAUGAUAUCAAUGGGACUUGCUCUUAUAGUACUAUUUCUAUCUACAUUAAAUAUUCUUACAAGUUUAUAUGCAAUUAUGACUAUAACUAGCAGUAUUUCUGUUACAAUGGCAGUAUUAGUAUUAUUAGGUUGGAAGUUGAAUAUUCUAGAAUCUACGGCAGUCUCUACUGCCAUUGGACUGACGGUAGAUUUCAGUUUACAUUAUUCUGUCAAUUACAGAAUGUGCCCAGAAUCUGUUGCCGUAAAUAGAGAAGCCGCCACUAAACAUGCUUUAAAUUAUAUGGCUGGACCUGCAUUUAUGGCAGCUAUUACCACUGGUGCUGCAGGAGCAUUUAUGCUUCCUUCUUUAAUCCUUCCUUACAUUCAGAUUGGCAUUUUUCUGGUAUUAGUUAUGUGCGUAAGUUGGAUUUAUGCUACAUUUAUGUUGGGUUCAAUGCUUGCUAUUAGUGGACCCAUAAAAGAUUGGGGUCAGUUUCAUUACCCUAAUAUGAUGUGCUUGUUCGGUAGACCGAAAAGAGUUCAAGGGCGGUCUCUACCACAACCAUCGACUUUGCCAGAUUGUCAUGAAUUGGAAUCCUUGACGUUUCCUAAACGUAACAGGCCCAGUCCCAAACAAUUGAGACGGUCAAUGAGUGCAAGUGGCGGAGCUAGAUUCAUACCCAGCAAAUAUGUGUUUACUGAUCAGUCCCCUUCAGCAACCAGUGCUAUAACUAUCAUUAUGACCGAUGACAAUUAAAUGUAAACUGUUAGGACUAAAUGUUCUGUGAUAUAUUUUUUAGUUGACUUUUAUUGAUGUAAAUGCCAUUUAUGUCUAUCAAUUUUGU